AUGGACGAAAAUCCAAAUGACAGUGAGUUGGAAGAAAAUUCUCAAGAAAUUGAGGAUUCAACUACACCUACAUUAGAAACAGGGAUUAUUAACUUGUCAGAAACUAGUAGUAGUAUAACAGAAACCAAUAAUAAUAGCACUAAUACUAAAAAUAAAAAACGUUCUACUGUUUACCAACAUUUUACUCUAAAUGAAAAUAAUGAUGAUAGUGAUAAU